AAUAUGAAAAAAAAUGAAAAAAUACUAAGAACAAAAAAAGAAAAAAAAGGGUUGUGUCACUACACUACUUAGGUAAAGAGAUAAAUAAGGAAAGUUAGGUUUUGAAUGAGUUUGUUGUUUUACUUUCUAUAUAAAGACAUUGAGCGAAUGAGGAAAGAAAGAUAUCAAGAUAGAUACAACCUCCAAAACUAGGUCGGUCUUUCUUUCUCAAACAGAAGCAUCUUUUUCUUCUAUCAUUCUUCAUUUUUCAUCAACAUUUUUACCUUCAAGAUAACAGAUUAUAUAAGAAAGUAGAUUUUUGAGUAGAAAUGGUGAGGGGAAAAACAGAAAUGAGAAGAAUAGAAAAUGCAACAAGUAGACAAGUAACAUUUUCAAAGAGAAGAAAUGGUUUGCUGAAAAAAGCUUUUGAACUUUCUGUACUCUGUGAAGCUGAAGUUGCUCUAAUAGUCUUCUCACCAAGAGGAAAACUCUAUGAAUUCUCCAGCACUACCAGUAUGCGAAAGACGAUCGAGCGCUACCAGAAGUACAACAAAAAUGUACAGGUCAAUUACAGCAGCAACAGCAAAGCAAUAGAACAACAAAAUUCACAGCAAUUGAAAUAUGAAGCUGCAUACCUCGCAAAGAAGAUCGAGAAUCUUGAAGCCUCUAAAAGGAAGCUAAUGGGAGAAGGCUUAGAAUCUUGCUCCAUUGACGAAUUGCAGACAGCUGAGAAUCAGUUGGAGAAGAGCCUACUUAAUAUCAGGGCAAGAAAGAAUCAGUUAUAUAGGGAAAAGAUUGAGCAACUAAAACAAAAGGAAAAGCAGCUAUUAGAAGAGAAUGAAGUUUUAUGCGAGAAGUGCGGGCCUCGACAAGCGGAACAGCAGAACCAAGAGAGGGAAAUAACACCUUAUGAAAUUACUCCAGAUUCUCAUGAGGUGGAAACUGAGCUACAAAUUGGCAGACCUGAAAGAAGAUGACAUAAUGUCGUUAUAUAUAACUCCACAUCCUCUUACUUGCUAUCGUUAUGAUUGUGCUUAGGCCCGAGGUAACGAAAGUUGAUAUCUCAUCAUAACUAUAUUAAAGCUGUCAUAUUAUUUAUUCAGUUAAAUAGGUAUUCUUGAUUUUCAAAAUCAUACGGCCAAUUUCUCGUGUUAAUGUAAUCAGAACUGAAUUUUCUGAUAUUGAGGUGUGUAAAAUAAAUCAGCCCGAGUAUAUGAGUGGUGUAAGAAUUUAAUAUUUAUAUAGAACAGGGCUGAAUUUUUCUUGAUUUUCAGAAUCAUACGGCCAAUUUCUUCUGUUAAUGUAAUCAGAGCUGAAUUUUCUAAUAUUGAGGUGUGUAAAAUAAAUCAGCUUGAGUAUAUGAGUGGUAUAAGAAUUUAAUAUUUAUGUACA